CAUACUUCAAGUCAAGAUGGCGGAUCUUCGCGGGGUUUUCAAAGAAUUUGUGUUUAGGAAAAGCUCCAGAUCGUAGUUUUGACAACGGAGACAAUAAUUGUAGAAUGAAAUGUCAAGACUCACUCAGCAAAGUGGUGAUGACAAUCGAUACAUUCUCGUGGCCAAACUGGACAACGCUCGCAAUCUUCACAGCAUCCUGAAAGCUGUCCAGUUCAAAGAGGUAAAAAAACUUCAGAUUUAAGAACCCUACUCACUGAUCCCUAGUCAACUGACCUCCUAUUGACCCCCUAGCCUAAAAUCCACUAAAACAAUGUAAGGCAAAAUAUGAUACAAAAUAGGAACGAGAUAUCAGACCAGUCUACUCUUCAGUCCGGGGGUGCGGUGGGGGAAGGAGCGGGUACUCCCUUGAUAGCUUCUUGCAGGGAAGCUCCGCCCUGAAUUAAAAGGGUAUCCUUUUCAGGCCGUAGGUAUAUUAAACGGUAGGGAUUGCACUAGUUAAAGUAUAUAAAGGGGUAGGGAAAUCUGCCAUUUUGGUCUGUAAAAGGAACCAAAAAGACCAACCAAUACAUUUUUGACUGAGAAGAAGUCAAGAAAACUCCUUGGUUUAGUGAUUUAUUCAUAUUCAAAAGAAAGUUUAUUACAGCUGUUAAAAAGGGAUGUAGUGGUCUGAAAGGGGUGCCUUUUCUCUCAAAAAUGAAAAGCAUCGAACCUCGGAACAGAGCCUCCCCAAACAAAACUUUAUUUUUUAUUUAUUUAUUUUUUGUUAUCUUUAAUCAAGGUAAUUGCCAAUAGCGUUUAUGCUAAACCGGCAAUGUCAGCUUUAUUGGUCUAAAUCUCUCUCUUAAUAAAUGAUAUAAACUGAAAAAAGAAAAGAAAAGAGAAAAACCAAAAGGUAAGGUGCAAAUGGGACCUGAAGUCCCAUGCAGGUCAUGCAGGGCACCUCUCAAGUGAAACAGAAAAAAAAAACAUUCUUAAAAAGAAAAUGUUAAGCAAUGCUUAUCAAACCAUUGUUGUCAAUGGCAACCUCAAUUACAUGCUAGACCGCAUGAACAAGGUUUAUCAGGGUCAAAAACAUUUACUAACUCAUUAUUGUACAAUUUAGUUAUUGUGUUCUUAAAAGUCUUGAUGCUGAGAAAGGGGGGGUUUAAUUGAUUUAUUGAGUGCUAGAUUUCUUUGAAGUCUUAAAGACAAAUUUGAGGUGUAUUGUUUUGAAUAAGUGAGAAGACAAAAAUUAAACAUUCAAUUUUCAAGAUAGGACUGCAUAUUUCUAUUUUUAAAGUAUUUGCUGUCAUUUUAUUUAGUCAGCCACAUGUUUUGUGAGUAGCAAUGGAAUCAAAGUCACAGUUGAGGAUGCUAAAUGUGUGCAGGCCAAUGCAUUUGUACAGAGUGGAAUCUUCCAGGAGUUCAUUUUCAAAGAGGAGAGUGCUACCUUCCGAAUCAACCUGAAUGUUCUUCUGGUAAAGUAAUGUCAAUAAACGCGCCAAAAAAUGGAGAAAAAAUUAUCUUUGUUGGCACCUACUUCCUACUUGCAAUAAAAUAGUUUUUAUUACGGUAGAUCCUCUAUUAAGACCCCCCGGGGGAGCUUAUUAAUGUAUUUUCAACACAUUUGAGAGGGGGCUUAAUAGAGAUGGGGGGCUUAUUUUAGAGGGAGGCUUAAUUAAUUUAGCAAAGACAGUGGUAUCAGUUCUCCAUAAAAAGUAGAAAAGCCCAAGUGUAAGAAGUUAAAGGUCAUGCGGCUGGGGAUCAAAAACAAAUCCGAACUUCCAGCUGGUUAAUGAACCAUCCUGGAUCAGUCCACACAAAGUUUUACAGCCAUGAUUGAUCAAUAGUGUCUACCAUUUGUUAGUGAGCAAUAAUGAGAGGGAGGGGAGAGGGAGCUUAAAAAGGGGGGCCUUAUUAACUUUCUUCCCCUUAAAAUAGAGGGCUUAUUUGUGAGGUGGGCUUAAUGGAGGAUUUGCAGUAUUUUAAGAAACUUAGAAAGAUCAGUCCAUCACGAAAGACAGCUGCGGAUCUAGAAUAAAUACUGACCAAUUUCCUAAACAAGCAGCGAAAGAGCAAGCUUCUAGGAGGGUCCAGAGGCAUGCUCCCCCAGGAAAUUUUUUGGAUUUUAACUACCCAAAGUCCCCUUUCCUGGGCUUCUGAGUCAUUCAGACAGGAUACCUACUGACUGUCCAAACCAUUUUCCAGAUUUCAACUUGGAAAGUUUUUUUUAAUUAAAACUACGGGUAUAGUAAUUUAUGAAAAAUCUGACCAAUUUCUGUAAAACGGUGGAAACAGGUGUACAUUGUAUAUGUAGCCCUUCUGCAAGUUGUCAUCAUUACAUUACAGUUGUAUUUGCUUUUAUGGUACUUUUGGAACGGGAAAAUUGUUUGUGAAAGUGGUUAAAACAGAGAGGCAUUAUAAACCUUGACAUAUAUAUGAACUGCAUUCUUCUCCCACUGUUGUGCAAUAAAUUUUGGAUGGCCUUUUUUCUCUUCCUCUUUUUUCAGGAAUGUCUAAAUAUUUUUGGUUCAUCUAAAGAUACUGGAACUUGCACUGCUCUGAAGAUGUGUUAUGCAGGAUAUGGCUCUCCACUUAUACUCAUGUAAAUUUCCAAGUUGAUGCAUUUAAAUGCUCUUGUAGAGAGUUUUUUUUAACUCACAUCUUCACACUUUGGCUUUUUUUUAGCAAUCAGACACAUACGACAAUCUUAUCAAUCUUACACUUUGGUUUCUAGUCAAUAAUAAUUCUACACAUGUAAAUAGUUUUAUCAAUUCUACAUGUAUUUUUUAUUAUAAUGGUCGUGUAAUUCAAGUUAUAGUGUCCCCAUUUGGUGAUUAUUCUACUGCUAUCUUGGUUUGACACCCAAAUAAAGGUAUCCAUUCAUUCAUUCAAGUAAAAUUUAUCAUCUUUCAUUAAAAAUAUUUCUCCAUGACUGAUUGGCACAAAUUCCUCAGCUAAUUUUUCAUAAUAAGCUACACGUAACAUUGACCAAAUUUGUAAGACAGUUGUGAUAUUUAGAAAAUGACAUCAAUAGUACAGAAUAAUUGCUAGUAGAAAGGAUGGCAACCAAGAAGCCCUUAAUGGGACAAGGUUGUGUUGCAGUGGUGGAUCCAGGGGAGGGUUCUGGGGGGCUGCCCCCCUUAUUUUUGGACCAAACUGAGGCCCAAAGGGCCAAAAAAAAAUUGGGGGGGAAGACCGGGCCUUCCCCCCUUAUUUCAAGGUCUGGAUCUGGCACUGUGUUGCUUCGGUGGAGGAAGACAAAGUGGCAGAACAUUUAAUGCCUUUUAUGAUUAAGAAAUAGCAGAACUACUAUCAUUUGUAAGUGGUCAAGGAACAGUUGCGGGAGACUGAUGUGAAGGAGAGAGAGAAGAAAGAGACGGGAGAUGUGAUCUGCCAGUCAUCUCCCACUUUUUCUCCUUCCCUUCUCCCCAUGUACACAUCUUUCACAUGCUUCCCUUGUAAUAUUAAUAAGGAGACAAAAAGAGAUAACUUGUGACAAGUCAGGCAUAAGUUUGCUUUUCUGGUUAUACCAACCAAGGUAAAUAUUUUACAUGUAUUGUUCAUCCCCAGGUUGGAGGAGGGAGGAGUAUUGACAGACUGUAGUAUUCAAACACAGGAGCCUGAUGAAACUUUGGAUUUUGACUUCAGCAGUGCCGAUGUUCUUAACAAAAUUAUUAUGAAAGUAAGAAAACAGCUUCCAGACAAGGUUGAAUUAUAAUGAAUUGAGUUGCAGAUUAACUUUAAAAGGCAACAUGGUGUUUGCGUCAGGUCCAACAACAUAAACUUGAACUUAACUAAUUUUUAGGACUUAUCUUGGCAUGCCAUACAUCUUAGUGUUGCUAAUGAUGCCCUUUCUUUCUUUCUGAAACAGUGUUAAAAUAUGUGACUUCUUCAUGAACCAUGAUAAAGAAGGUGACCAGAAAACAGCUUGACUAGCUUCAAAAAUUGAUUUUCAGCAAAAUUUCAAGAAGUGAAUGGGUUAAACACUAUCCUGGAGUCAUUGUUACAGUCUUACAAUCACUGCGAGUAUUGAACUGCUUAAUACGAUCAAGUAGAUACUAAAGAGUCAUUAACACCUUACAUCUAUCAUUGCAUAUUGCAGUCAGAAUGUUUGAAAGAAGCUUUCAGUGAACUAGACAUGACAAGUGAGGUGCUACAAAUCCUUAUGUCACCAGAUAACCCUUACUUUAGACUGUCUACCUUUGGCCAUGCAGGAAGUACUCACGUAAGCUUUUGUUCCUCUGUUGAGCUGUUGAUUAGGAUAUUGUUGCCUGCAAACACAAGCUAGGAUAAAUCUGGUUAAAAUGCGUCUGUGUAUGCAGGCUGUUAGGAAUUUUACCAAUUUUUGAAUUAAUACCUAACAAUAAAAGUAAAUAAAUGAAGAGAUUGGCCAACAUGUAUGUUAGGCAUGUCAGCACCAGGACUUGUUUGUAAGCAAAAUUUGUUUACACACAAAUGUUAGCCUGCAACAAGCGGAAAAGUAACUUAAUACUUUUAAGGUGGAGAGAAGCAACAACUCAAAAUACGUCUGCAUUCGUGGUUUUCUAUCAGAGCAUGUUCUCUGUUGAAAUACACUGACAUAAGCAAGGAAAGUGAAAAAAAAAAACAGCAAAACAGGGAGCAAAGGGAAGUAAACCUAAAAUGGCAAAUCUUGUUCUCAGAAAUACAUGUAUCAGAUACUUUUUACUCCUUAACACUCAUGUUUAAGAAUUAAUAUUUAUUGUCAUGGUCUUACAGUUAGUUAAUUUAUUUUCAUUUGCAUUAUAGUCAGAUUUCCCAAAAGAUUCUGAUAUGGUGGAGUCGUUUGAGUGUCAACAAACGCAGACAAACAGGUAUGUCAAUAAUCUUUAAUUAUCAGGAACAAAACACUUACUUAAAAAAAAUAGUAUUUAAGCUUUGAAUAUGUACAAUGUUUAAAAAGUGGAUACUUAACUAAUUUUUGUAGAAAAUAAAGUGCAUACUGCAUUACGUAAUCAGACCCUAUGAUAACCUAGUAUUAAGCCUUGGAAGCAUAUACACAUGUACAAAAGUGAAGGUGAUGUUACACGGGGCGAAAAAUGACAAGUUUAAGCGUAUCACAGCUCUGCAAUGUUGGAACAAUGUUGCAACCAUUUGCAUCAAUGUCACAUAAAUGUUGUAACACAGCGUUGCGCUAAAAAUCGUAGUUACAAAUCAUAUCAUGUAACAUCCAGUUCGUGUCCACUACAGGUCGUGCUGUAUAGGGAAAAAAGCUCAGUGUACUAGCUGGUGCAUACAUGAAUCCUCUACAUAUGGCCUACGCGUAAUACAAGUGUCACUGUAGCUGUUGUGAUUUAAUUUUAUCCUUGGUUUAUAUUUUGUUUUCCAUUGCUUUGGCAUAGGUAUGAUAAUCUAUGAUAAUUAGUUUGAAAUAAAGGAAAAUAAAAUUUAAACCACGGAUAAAAUUAAACCUCAAAACAGCCGUCGUAACUACCGUUAUGAACAGCAAUGAACAGAAUUUGACUGCUUAUGAAAGCUUGCAUCUUACCAAAAAUACUUGUACUCAGAGUUUCUGGCAAGAUGCCUUAAAUCGUCAGCAGUUAGAAUUUUGGCAAAUAAAAACUUUUUUCUUUUGCAAGAUAUAAAAUAAGUCUUCUCAAGCCGUCUACCAAGGCACUCCAACUUUCCAGCAAAAUUUCCAUCAGAAUGGACAACAGAGGAUUCCUUUCUUUGCAAUAUAUGAUCAUAAAUGAAGAUGGACAGGUCUGUUUUGUAGAAUAUCUGGUAAGUAUGACUGUACGAGGUUGGUAAAUGAAAGUUCUUUUACCCUUAAGAUGUGAAGGUGAUGACGGUGACAGUGAUGAACAUUAUUAUUGUUGGAGAUGAUGAUGAUGAUAAUAAUAAUAACAAUAACAAUAAUGAUGAUGAUGAUGAUGAUGAUGAUGAUAAUUGUGAUGAUAAUGGCGGUCCCGUCUUCAUAAGGGGACGUGUCCUCAAUCAGUACUUUUGUGUUGAAUAAAUUGACUUUUAAAUAAAGUGGUUUUUCCGUUUCGCUUGCCCUUAAUGAAAAACUUUUUAAGCUCUCGUUUGCCAGUUAUAAACACCUUUACCCAGUCUUUGUGAUUCGACUUUGAUCGUUCUAAAAGGUGAGAUUAUUGGCGUUACCGUAGUACACCUAAUGACCUAACUUUCUUUUUAUGUCACUAGUGCGCACCGGACGAAGAAGUAGACGAGGAGGACGAAGAAGAACUUGGUUAAACGAGAAACAGGA